CUUCAUAUAAUAACUCAAAAUGGCGAUUUUUGUAAGCCUAGAACCGUUUUCUUAUCAGUGAAAUUUUCAAACGACCAAAAACCAAGUAAGGAGAAGGAAAUAUAUUUUUCACUCCUUCAUUGUCAUUCCCAACAACAAUUCUUCGUGUAGAAAAGGGAAGGACAUAUAUCUUUCCACUCCUUCUAGGCUACAAAAAGGGAUUAACAGCAACAAGGAAAAGGGAUUAAAUAUUGGUCUGUUCCAGAGCUGCAAGAAUGUUAAAGUUGCAACACUAGUAGAUUCGUGCAGAGACUGGAACAGAGCAUUUGUUUCGCUUUCUUUGUUAAUUCCACCCGUUUUCGAUCUGGAGAGACCUACUUUUGUGAGUUCCAUUGCUUGAUUGUUUAUAAACAUAAACUUUGUAAGUUUGUUUAAAAAUGGAAAAAACUGAAAGCACUCAGAUCACUGGUAAUGCUAGACGUAAAAUAUUAAGUCUAGCUGUUUCGCAAAUUCUUAUGGAAAAGGGAUUCGACAGCGCUGACAAGGAAUGCCUGGAAACACUGACGGAGAUGUUACAAAGUUUACUCGUUGAAGUAGGACAAUCUGCCAGAAGCUACUGUGAACUAUCAGGACGUACUAUCCCAGUAGUUGGUGAUGUGGUUGUUGCUCUGGUAAAUAUGGGAGUUUCUUUGCAGGGCAUUGAGGCAUUUGCCAAGCGAGAAGGUCGACAAAUCAUAUCAAUGCCGCCACAACAGCAAUCUAACAAACAAUUACCGUUAUUACAAGCUGGUACAAAAUCCCAGCAUCCUCCACAUAUUUUACCGUAUCUGCCACUCUUCCCAGAUCCUCAUGCCUAUGUCCGAACACCGACCCACAAACAACCCGUAACAGAAUACGAAGCAAUUAGAGAAAAAGCAGCUACCCAAAAAAGAGACAUCGAAAAGGCUCUAACAAAAUUUUUGGCAAAAACAUCGGAGACUCACAGUCUCUUUGACACUGAAGAUAAUAUGUUUCCUCUGAUUGCUUGCAAACCAGCGUUUCCAACUUAUCUAGCCGCUUUAAAUCCCACAGACCAAGUGUUUGAUUUUGAGGAAUUGGAAUAUCACUAUUUGGUGGCCAAUAGAACAGAAGAUUGCAAAGACGAUGAUGAAAAUGAAAGCGGAAAUGAUGAAGAAGGUGGAAGCAAUGAUAAUGGAGGGGGUAGCGGUAGUGGUGGCGUUACUGACGAAGCGGAGAAAAAAUCAGAAAAACCGGAAAAGGAAGUUAAGCCAGAAAAUGACAUAAAGCCAAACUCAACAACAAAUAAAGCCAUUUUAGAAAAUCCCAAUAUUGACAAUCCGUAUUUAAGAGCGGCAACGCUACCGAAGCGCACAAAACCAGAUCCCUUGGCGGCGGUGUCAUUAUAAUGUACAUGAUGGUGUUAUUAAAAAGUCGAUAUUUUUGUGCAUUAAAAGAAUUUGAUAGUAACACAA